AUGCACCUACUUCAAAAGGCCCUUCAGAUAAAAGAAUUCAACCAGGGCCUGGGCGAAACUCGUCGGGACACUAUCCUCGGAGAUCCUACUACCUCGCGCAAAGUCUUCGCACAGUCCUCACAGCGUUCUCAGCCAGUAGAUCCCGAGGUUGAUGUCGGUGAGAGCGAGGAGGAAUCUGCUCGGAAAAUUAAACCUCGUCAAGCGGCUAGUGAAGAAACAUUUCUAGUCGCCGUGAAUUUCGAUUCCCCGCCACCGACAACCCAGGCGCACCGUUCAUCCUCAGUAUUAUCUACUCCAAUACUCGCAGAUACACGUCCCGCCACACUAUAUGUCUCCCGUACCUAUGCCUCCAGAAGACGGUCUACUCCAUCUCGAUCUCGUCCGAAUACACCCGGUGCAUCCGUAGCAAACUUUCGAUCUCGUCCAAACACACCCAGUGCGUCAGUAGCAAAUUCUCGUUCUCGUCCGAAUACACCCAGUGCAUCGGUAGCAGGUCUUCGUGCCUCCGCGGAGACCCCCGUCACUCGUAAACGUGGACGACCUAGGAAGCAUUCGCUUCCUGACUCGCCGUUCGACCCGAUUCUGACUAAAAAGCCCCGCGGGCAGAGCACCCAGCGUGACAGCGAUGUUCCCAAACGCACAAUCAGCCAGCCUCGUGAAAGCUCGUCCGUCGUCCGCACAGCUGGGAGUAGAGGCCGCGUAGCGUCGUCCGUUCCACCGCCGAUCUCUUCACGCACGCUUCCUACAGGACUCCCCGGCAUUGCAGCCACAAAGCAGAAAUUGGUCCCAUACAUCAAUGUUCCGCCUCUACCGCCCGACUACAGAUCCGGAGGGGUACCACUACUGCAACAGGCGGACAUUUCCGUCCUUGCACUCCACGAGACGGCAGGGGAGCUGUCUAUACGAGGUCGCCGAGCUGCCCCUGCGGAUAUGGCGGAGCAUCUACAGUCGCAUAGCGCUAACCGACCCUCAAAUGGGCUCAAGGGCACGUAUCAAGCUCCGUCCUCACUUCCAACCCCGCCUACUGUCGCUGCCAGCGCGCCUCCAGUGCAAGUCGAUCUAUCCAUAUCUCAGCACGCGGUGAUCCCACGUCCGUUGCCGCGCACGAUCUCAAUCGCCCAAAGCACAGACAGGCGAGCGCCUGCUCCACUUUCCUCGGCUGUACCACAAACUACAAGUGCCAGCCCUCGACAAGGUGUAAGCGCUGGGCCUUCACAGAGCGGAGAUAUUGGUCGUCGACAGAGUGCGAACAUGAACCUUGGACAGAGCACAACCAUCGAUCCUUCACAAGGCGAAGGCGUUGGUUCUCGGCAGGGCGCAAGCAUCGCCUCUCCGCAGAGUGUAACUACUGGUUUCCCAACAGGCGCGAGCAAAAGUCCUCCGCAAAACCGAAGCCCCCGUCCUCGACAGAAUGCAAGUAGUGGUCCUAUACAGAGUGCCAGCCUCGGACCUUCGCAGGAUGCAGUUAUCAGUCCUUCGCAGAGCACAAGCACCGGUCCCGCGCAGAGCGCAGCCCCCGGUCCUCCAUUAACCUUGCCUCCUCCAGUACCUCAAGCCCCAAUUGCCUCCCUUUUGCGUCCAAGUUUUAUCUAUUUGUCACACGCGCCCCCCGUCUCGCCCGUCCGCCAGUACCAGACUGCGAAACUGCUCCACGAAGCCCUUGCAGCUCGCGUGUCUGCGUCACUCGCGGCUCGACAGCCGACUCGAUCCACUGUCUCCGCAUCGAGUGCUCACACCCGCAAUACAGGUGCGCUGGUCCGCUUCCAAGGCGGCUACUCGAUCGUCCGAGGCGAGGACAUGGGGGUCACCGAGUCGAUCCUCCGAGACAUCGCAGCAGACGUGGUGAGCGCGAGCGGAGUCGCGAUCGAGCUUGCCGAUCGGCACCGCACCACCCUCCAGAUCAUGGGCAUCACAGGCACGCUGCGCCUGCCGUGCAGGUGCGCGGCCGCGGAUGGCCAAAACCCGUACAUGUGUGGAGGGCUGAUGACUGUGACCACUAUGGAGACCUCCAUCCCUGUCGGCACAAUUCCCCAAGCGAGGAUGUAUGGAUUUCGGAUUCUCAUUGACGUGGGGCACGGCGGUGCCAUGGACUUCAUACAGCAGAAUGUCGCCGCGUAG